AUGGACAAGGGGCUCCCUACCACCGCACAGGCCGCCCCCGCGCGCCCUCGACACCGCUCGCGGCGUGUGUGGAGACUGCUCCUUGCCGUCAUCUCCCUCGCCCUGCUCCAGUCAACCACCAACGUCUUCAGUACUCAGUGGUCGACGCACACGUCAGAAGUCCCGCUCAACGCUCAUGAGGUUCUCGACAAGUGCGCAUUGCUCAAUACUCAGCCAGGCCCACCCCCAGACUUCAACCUACGCAAGCAGUCGGACCGCUUCGUUGCUGGUACACCGCCCACUCUCAUCAAGAACGCGUCUAUCUGGACUGGACGGGUCGACGGGCUUGAGGUCCUUCAUGGGGACGUUCUGCUUGAUGGAGGGCUCAUCAAACGCGUCGGUCACAUCGAACAGGAUAUGCUGGAUGUAUACGACGACCUGACUACAGUUGAUGCCGCCGGUGCUUGGGUUUCGCCUGGCAUCGUUGACCUCCACAGUCAUCAAGGAGUUGACUCAAGCCCUGAGCUUCGGGGCUCAGAUGACACAAACUCGCUCAAGGGCGUAGCGCAACCAUGGUUGCGUGCUCUGGAUGGCCUCAAUACGCACAGUGACGCUUACAAGCUUAGCAUUGCUGGCGGUGUCACUACUGUGCUCGUGCUGCCUGGCUCAGCCAAUGCGAUCGGUGGUCAGGGUGUCGUCAUCAAGCUACGCCCGACAGAUGCCAGGACGCCCACAGGGCUGAUGCUAGAGAGUCCUUGGGAAAUCAAUGGUACGGUGUACGACCCGUCCGUCAGCUUGCGCUGGAGACAGAUGAAACAUGCUUGUGGAGAGAACCCGAGCCGAGUAUAUGGUUUCACGCGUAUGGACACGACUUGGUCGUUCCGUCAAGCCUAUGAGAAGGCCCGUCAAAUCAAAGUAUCUCAGGACGAGUAUUGUGCCAAAGCUACCGCUGGCGAGUGGACCGGCUUGGGCGCGUUCCCGGAGGAUCUCCAAUGGGAGGCUCUGGUCGACGUCCUGAGAGGUCGUGUGAAGGUACAUAAUCACUGCUACGAGACGGUUGAUCUGGACGACAUGGUUCGCCUCACGAACGAGUUCAAGUUCUCUAUUGCUGCAUUCCACCAUGCGCACGAGACGUACCUCGUUCCGGACACGCUGAAGAAAGCUUACGGUCACCCGCCGGCUGUCGCGCUUUUCGCGAGCAAUGCGCGGUACAAGCGUGAGGCCUACCGUGGCUCAGAGUUUGCCCCUCGUAUUCUCGCGGAAAACGGCUUAUCAGUCGUCAUGAAGGCACACCACUACGGCCUGCCGGCGAAUCUUGCACUUGCUUCUGUGACGAGCACACCUGCCACCGUGAUGGGUAUGGACCACCGCAUUGGGUUCAUCAAGACCGGUUACGACGCGGACAUAGUCCUUUGGGACAGCCACCCGCUAGCCCUCGGCGCGACGCCGAAGCAAGUAUGGAUUGACGGCGUCGCCCAGCUUGAGCAUCCAUACACUGUGACAAAACCCUCCGCCUCACAGCACGUACCUGAGAAGCCCAACUUUGACAAAGAGGCUGAGGCCGCCCUCAAAUACGAGGGUCUCCCUCCGCUUGAGCCGGAGCACGCGACAGCGAACUUCAUCAUCUUCCGCAAUGUGAGCAGCGUGUACAGGCGCCAGGACCAGAGCGUCAAGGAGGUCUUCCGUGCAUCUGUCGUCGGCGACGAGGGCGUUGUGGUUACGGCGGAAGGCAAAGUCAUCUGCGCUGGUUCGAUGGUGGAGUGCCCGUCGAGCCUCUACGAUCGUCGUGCUGAGAUCCUCAACCUCGAGGGCGGGUCUGUGGCGCCUGGUCUGGUUACGUAUGGCUCUCCGCUCGGUCUGGAAGAGAUUACGGCGGAACGCUCGACUAUUGAUGGAUAUGCACUCGACCCGCUGACCGAUGUGAUUCCGAAGAUCAUUGGCGGCAACAGUGCAGUAGUCGCUGCGGUUGACGGCCUUCAGUUCGGUACUCGGGAUGCUCUACUGGCUUACCGCGCGGGCGUCACGACCGCCAUUGCUGCACCACAGUCAUACGGGUUCCUGUCGGGCCUGACUACUGCUCUGCACAUCGGUAUCCACUACGGUGCGGGCCCGAGCGUGAGCACGCAGAUCGCUGCGCUCCGAGCACUCCUACGUACCGAGGUUAAGCGACCGCUGGGCAACUUGGUCGAGAAAGUCAAGAAGGGCGAGAUGACCCUCGUCGUGGACACAGGGAGGGAACACAUCAAGAUGACCUUCGCCGGUGCGAGCGAGGCGCACCUGCUUGCGAAGGAGAUUGGUGAGGCUGGUAUUGGCGUGCUCAUCACUCGCCCUCGCCCGUUCCCUGGAACUUGGGAACAGAGGAGAAUCAUGCCCGGUCUCCCUCUGUCUGAGACGAACGCCAUUACCGCGCUCACCGGCAACAACGUCACCGUCGGUAUUGGUAUUGAGGAAGCAUGGCAAGCGCGCAACACGCGGUGGGAUGCGUCAUGGGCCGCGCUUGAGAGUGGCGGAGAAAUUUCGAAGGCAGAAGCGCUUGCGCUUGCCUCCGUCCACGUUGAGAAGGUGCUCGGCGUCGAAGUCGACGACAUUGAAAGUGAUCUCAUCGCCACGCACGGCGGAGACCCGCUCCAGCUCAGUAGCAAGGUAGUGGGUAUCAUCUCUCCCCGCAGGGGCGUUGUAGAUCUACUGUAG